AUGCGGGAAGACUUGUACAAAAAGACAAUGAGUGCAGAUGGCAUGGCUGGGAGGCGGCCGUACGGGUAUGUCACCCGCAUGAUUGAACUUACCGGAUGGAAGAGGAUGGAGGUCAAUCGUCUGAUGCAGUUCAAGGGUGUAUCUGAGCAUAACUUCCCAUCAAUCCUGCGGCGCAGUUUCCUUUGGCGUCCGCACGCUCGAUUUGUAUGUCCGCAAUACUUGGAAGAGCAUUACACAGAUGCGGCGCUGGAUGGGUACUUUCCAAAAGAUCCAACUUUGAAGGAGUUCCUUGUCUCAGGACCAGCAAUCGCCAGCAGCAUGCAGCUGCAGCACGCGUUUGAACAUACAUACUCACGAGCUGAAUGCAUACAUAUGAUAGAAUCAUAUUGCAAUUUGGGUGGUGAUCAGGGAUUGACAGAGGACAAAAUGCGAAUCGCUUGUGGGCUCCCACCGCGUCAGCGUGCCGAGAUCGCUGCUCCUGGGCUAGGCCCUGUGGAUGAUCAACUAAGCCAGGAUCAAGCAGAAAGUGUAAAAACAGGUUCUGAAGCAGUGGCCCGCCGCAUUGUGGAGGAAUGUCUUUCAAAGGGGUUCUUCAUGUUCACAUUGCAACAGUUCAAGACCAUGUCUCUGCCUUCGAAUGCACCCAAUUUAGACAAAGAGAGCAUGUUGACACAGCUACAAGAGCAUUUAUUGGUAAAGCAAAUAGCAAGAAAGCGCGGCAAAGGAAAGCAGAUCAUUGUUCCAUGCGUCCUGGGGCAAGGCAGUUUGCAGGAUGUCUUUGAUCUGAAAAGCUCAAACGACACGGCACUAGUAUUCCCCGAAAUGUGGCACACAAGUUGCUUGCGGGACUUUGCUUCCAAACAUCUUGCCAGAGAACACAAUGUCGUCACUAUGAUAGCAUUCUUGGAUGCCAGCAUUGCUGCAUUGAAGAGGAAAGGCUCCGGAAAGUUAACGUCUGAGGUCAAGCUCAGACACGAUGCGUUGGUCGAAAGGAGGCGUAAGUUGGAAGCCAACGAGCAGUUGAUUGGGAAGCUCCUCGCUGCUGCUGGUGGUGAGGCUGGUGACCUGGAAGGGCAGGCUAGCAGUCACAGAUGCACAGGGAAGCAGCAAUUGCGACAUAGCAAGACAAAGUACAGACAAGGCUCAGAUUUGAUCCGUGGACGAAGGUAUGCUUGUCAGCCAGGAGCACAGCAAUGCUCUCGGAAACUUCUCAGGUUCUUGUGCCCUCAAUCUAUUGACUUAGACAUUGAAAAUGCCUUCUUCACGUUGAUGUCACAGCUCAUCCAUAAAUUGGAUCCUGUGUUCAAGAUGCCGGAUGAUGCCGCAAAAGCAUUGAAAAGAUGCGCUGAGGCACGCAGUGAUGUGAUCAAGGAGCUAGGUUUGCCAGCUGCGGAAGGGAAGAAAGUUUUGCUUGAAGUCAUAAACGGUGGCGGUCCGCCUAGCCGUCUGUCGGAACAUGAUGUAAUUGUUGGGCUUCGGAAAGCUGCCAUCUGGAUUAAAUGGCUUGCAAUUUCAAAUUUUCCCGAUCUCUACAGCCACUGUGAUGCAGACAGAAGCAAGCCAUCGCCAGACAACUCCAUGAUAGCAUACUUGUACCAAGCUGUUGAAGAUCUAGUUUUGUCUAGCUGGGUGCAAUUCCUCAUGACGCAAGAUCUCGUGCAUUUAUCCCUUCACUUCGACGGUUGCCGAAUUCAGGGUCGAGCGCUUGACACGGCUUCAAUGUGUCAAGAGUCUUCGGAGUGGAUUGCCAAAGAGACUGGGUUUCAGGUGGUUGUGAAGCAGAAGAAGCACCUGCUUCUCGCGGAGCUGUUGGGAAGGGAUGGACGUGUUUGCGAUACUCUGUCACUUUCUUCCAGCUUCGACUACUCUGCAAAUGGCAUUCUUACAUGCCUGGCCUACAUUGCAGACCUCUGGUCACCAUUGGACGCAUGGCUACAGGAACAUAAGGCAAACAUUGAAGGAGGUCAAACACAUCGUUCAUAUAAAGAAUGUUUCAAAGCUGCAGAUGUUGCCUUCUCAGUAGACAUUGGUUUCUGUGCUGAGAAGACGGGGAAGUACCUACUCCAUUGUGAGCACAAUGGAUCUCCGCUCGUCCUUGGAUGUGUAAUGGCCGAAGAAACUUGCAAAGUGUUAGUCCGGGACACAGUAUAUGCGCUAUCAGCAGAUGCUUUCAAGGCAUGUGCUGAGGAGUCAAUUGAUUAUGCCUCCCUAGUGACAUUUCGCAUGCUGAAAGCAGGCGAAAAACCCCGGCAAGAAUCUGAAGUUCUUCUGGAACUGCAGGCCGGCUUCGAUCUAUCUGGCGGUGCUGAGUUGGAGAUGUUGUGUGAGUGCGAAGGAUUGCUGGAGAAUUCUGAUGAUGAAGGCAUGGCCGGAUCACAUGUUGAUGAAUCAAUAGUGCAGGUGGGCGAAGAGUUGCUGGCGUUGCUCGCAGAAGAAAGAGGUGAAGUCCUAGAUAGCACUGAGACUGUGCAUGAAGGCAGUAUGCACCGUUGUCCGUUCUGUCCGUUCCGGCAAUUCCCUCGACCUUCUCGUGUGAUGGAGCAUGUGCAAAAGUAUCAUACAACGAAACGACAAUUCUGUUGCAGUGGCACCAAGCAAGUCAGAGUCAUUCAGGCUUUGUUUGACGAUGACCAGCUCCGCAAUAUACAGCCAAGUGCUCGCUACCUCCGCAGGAGCGCCGCCGUGUUGCGAACAUCAAUUGGGAAUGAGGAUGGAAGCAUCAAUCAUCUUGAUCGUCGAUUACGCUUGGUCUUGACGGAGAAGGGCCCCGUGUACAAAAGCUUGCAACACGUUGCUGAGAACGAAACAGUGUACCGUCGAGCCAAGAACUUGUAUUACACGCAUGGAUUUGCAGAUAUGCUUUUCCAAGAGAUGAUGGUUAGCAAUGCAAAAAUGAAGCAAGCAUCUCGACUGAAGCUUGUAGACAUGUAUCCCUUGGAUGCACUCUUUGUUGCGGCUAGCCGGUUGGCUUUGAGACUCGCAGCAAGUGGCAGCAAGCUCACGGGCCUCUUGCCUCAGCAUGUUCGACACUGGUGGCCGCUCGUGGAGGACAUCUUCUACUCCGACGCCGUGAACCAGCUGUUCGCCCAAUCUAUGGCAGAGGCGGUUCACCAUACGGAAUUUGAAUCCGUCAGUGUGGAUGCAACCCUGAAGUGUUGCCUCUCCAUUCUCGGCCAGAGUUCCUACAGAGCAGGGCCGCAGGAACGAGCCAGCGCUGCUUUCACGGGGAAAGAUUGCUUUCGCAAGGUUCUGACAGUCCGUGGGCGAACCGGCUGUGUACUGCUCAUGGCUCCAACGCCAAAUGAGGAGGCACCCGCCAUUGCCGAGCGCAUUGCUGAGUCGUUGCCUGAAGAUGGACUCCGGCAAACACGGAUUGUGUGCACGGAUGAUCCUUCUGCGCAUUUGUUGUCGACAUUGCGCAAUGUCAUGCCAAAGCUGGAGCUGCUAUGCUUGGACCCUGUCCACCUAUGCAUGACUUUUGAGUAUGGGACGUACAGAAGAAGAACAAAGGCGUCAACCAUGUUGAGAACAAUUAUGCAAAAGUUUAAUGCCGUGGACUUUAAGAACAUGUCAGCCUACAACUCCAGGCCUUUCAACGGCAUUCAGGAUGUUUCGUUCGAUCACAUCACCAAGACACGUCGAGAACAGAUUCUGAGUGGAGGAAUGGGAAAGGCCAAAGCAGAAUCUCUCCUUGACAGCCUGGAUGCUGCGAAGCCUUGGCAAUGCGAACGGGAUUGCAUUGAGGCCAUGGCAGCAUUUGUCCGAUGUUUUCCGGACGAUGUAGACAAAAUCAUUCCCGGUCCGAACCGGUCUGGACGGCAAGUGCUGUACACUGCCUGCGCGCCUGCGAGGAUGCAAUGGUAUUUCAACAACAUCCGGGCGCGCCAUAGUAUGCGGCCAGAUCGAGUUGUAUUACUUCCUGCUGGUACCACUUCCAACGAGGCACUGCAUGCUGAAGUACGAGCUUGGUUCCGAGAGACGCAGCAGAUGCAUAAGAGCACAUUGGAAAUCAAACUGCGGGUGCUUCACCUGUCCAAACUGAUGACCCACCAUGCGGGCAUGUACAGACCAACUUUGCGGCAAAUUCCGUCGGGCCUGGUGCUGGCUAGAUCUGUUGUCUCUUCUGCCUGGAAUCGACGAAAGCCCUGGAGCAAAUUUGCCGGACAGAGUGGCAAGGCUCAUUUGCCUCUCAAUGAGAGACGGCAGCAAGAAGCAUCAUUAGUCAAGGCGCAUGCUUCCAAAAAACCGGCUGCCAAUAUCAAAAGACCAGCGGCCAUGAGGCAUUGCGCAAAAAAGCCAGCCACGCACGUCCUCCCGCAGAAAGUGCGCAGGACUCCCUUUAACAGAGUAAGAGUGUCCACUUGCCGUAUCAUGGGCAAAAAAAGGCAAGGAGGUUUGAAAGCCUAG